AUGCCUAGCUCUCUUCCGCUCUCGUUUGCUUUGCUCGGACUCUUUGCCAGUCGCGUUCUGUGUGGUGGCGUCACAGAGGCCAGUUGGAAGGCCCUCAAUGCAACAGUAGGGGGCCGGUUGCAUCUUGGAGUCCCAUUUUCCCAACCUUGCUUCUCGCGGACGUCUUCCAACGCUGUGAACGUUCCUAAUCCAGCGCAGUGUGGAGAGAUUCAGGCGUUGUACGAAGACCAUCUGUUUCGUUCGUCGCGUUUUGGUGGCUACCAAAUCACGCAAUGGGAGACUUGUCAAACCACUGGCGACGAGUGCUUGUUGGACUGGACCAACACCACCAACCCGGCCGCUUUUGCUGCCCCAAGACAAUGUCUGCAAGGGAGCGUGCCUAGCUACUACAUCGACGUCACCGGACCAGAAGAUAUCCGGGCUGCCUAUACGUUUUCGAAGAAAAAGAAGGUCCCACUUGUGAUCAAGAAUUCGGGUCAUGACUACAUUGGACGGAGUGCAGGGCCCGGAACUCUGGCUCUUUGGACACACAACCUCAACAGCAUUGCUUUGAGUACGGGUUUCGUCGCAGAGGGCUGUUCCAAUGAACCUCAAUCAGCCGUCACUUUUGGUGCCGGCGUACAAUUCCAAGCAGUCUACGACUUCGCUCGCACUAACAACGUGACCAUCGUAGGAGGGGCGGACCCCGCUGUCGGCGCCACGGGAGGGUGGUCAAUGGGAGCUGGACACGGCGCGUUAUCACCCGCAAUGGGCCUCGGCGUCGACCGCGUCCUUCAAUACAAGAUCGUCACUCCGGAUGGCAAAUUCAGAACUGCGAACAAGUGUCAAAACCCCGAUCUUUUCUUCGCCCUUAGGGGCGGAGGCGGAGGAACGUUCGGUGUUGUCUUGGAGGGCACUUUCAUCACUUCCCCAGCGGUUACAAUGCAAGUCGCCGUCGGCACGUACGAAAAUACCCCCGAGAACACAGUCAAGCUUGUCAAGGCACUAGGGAAGAGCGCUACUCAAAUGGCUAGCGAUGGUUGGGGAGGGUACAUUACUCCUUCUGCCUCAGGCGGCGUCUGGGCCAAUCCUCUCCUGGAUGUAGGGGCAGCCCAGAAGUCUGCCGCUGGUGUCGUCUCUGCAUUCGAAUCAAUAGGCGGAGGGGUGUCGUUCUUCACAAUGCCCACCGCAUCCGACUUUUUUGAUACAUUCAUUGCACCGAAUACUGAUCCUGUUGGCCGUCCUCAAGUCCAAUCGAGCCGCUUAAUUCCUGACCACCUUAUGGCGAACGACGACGUGCUCAGUGCCCUGGCUACGGCAAUGGUCUCAUCCGACUUCCCCCAGAUCCUCGCCGUCACCCCUUACGCGUUCAAGGACUUUGACAAGAACGGCACCUCGAUCAAUCCAGCUUGGAGAACUGCUGUUUGGCAUGUCCUUUCGAUGAACGUGUGGAAUUUCAAUUCGACUCGCUCAGAACGCGAAACCGCGUACCAAAGGCUGAAGACUGUCUGGACGCCUGUCCGUGACUUGACUCCAGGUUCUGGUGCCUACUUCAACGAAGCUGAUACCUAUGAGCCUGACUACACAACCUCUUUCUGGGGGCCUCACUACGCAAAACUGCUCGCUAUCAAGAACAAGUAUGAUCCUCAUCAUUUACUCGACUGUUGGCGCUGCGUCGGAUGGAAGGGGCCGUCCGACCCCAGGUAUAAAUGUCACCUGCCCGCACCAUGA